GGAGGUAGAGGAGGCGGAGGAGGACGCGAGGGAGAACUAGGUCGUAGGAUCUCCAGGUGCGCCAGCGCUGGCUCUGGCCACUGAGUUUGGGAGCUGCCUGAGAAGUGGGGUUUUUGUUUGAUUGUUUUUCCCAAAGCAAAUGGCUGGUGUGGAAGCAUAACUGGCCCCCACUCUUGGGGUCUGGGCUCGGCUCUUUUCUUGCAUCCUGGGACUCGCGGUCGUCAUGCGGUGAUGUGUGCCCGGGAAGGAGUCGGUUACCUACACAACCUGGAUCUCACUGCAUCCUGGACAUGACUGAGCCUCUCCAAUGGGCCAGAUACCACUGGCAGCAGGUGAUGGGUGGUCAGACCAGAGAUGACGAUGAGAGGCCAUACAACUAUUCCUCGCUGCUGGCCUGUGGGGGAAAGUCCUCCCAGACCCCCAAACUGGCAGGAAAACAUCGGAUUGUUAUUCCUCACCUCCAAUGCUUCAAGGAUGAGUAUGAAAGGUUCUCUGGAACCUAUGUAAAUAACCGAAUACGAACAACGAAGUACACGCUUCUGAAUUUUGUGCCAAGAAAUUUGUUUGAACAAUUUCACAGGGCUGCCAAUUUAUAUUUCCUGUUCUUGGUUGUCCUGAACUGGGUGCCUUUGGUAGAAGCCUUCCAAAAGGAAAUUACCAUGCUGCCUCUGGUAGUGGUCCUUACAAUUAUUGCAAUUAAAGAUGGCUUGGAAGAUUACCGAAAAUACAAAAUUGAUAAACAGAUCAACAAUUUAGUCACCAAAGUUUACAGUAGGAAAGAGAAAAAAUACAUGGACUGCUGCUGGAAAGAUGUCACCGUUGGGGACUUUAUUCGCCUCUCCUGUAACGAGAUCAUCCCUGCAGAUAUGAUAUUACUCUUUUCCACUGAUCCUGAUGGGAUCUGUCACAUUGAGACUUCUGGCCUUGAUGGAGAGAGCAAUUUAAAACAGAGGCAGGUGGUACGGGGAUAUGCAGAGCAGGACUCUGAACUGGAUCCUGAGAAGUUUUCUAGUAGAAUAGAAUGUGAAAGUCCAAACAAUGACCUCAACAGAUUCCGAGGUUUCCUGUGAGUAAUACAUGACUUACAUUUGUGAGCAUGAAUGGACUUGUACCUAAAUCAGUAAGGAUGUGCACUUAUACCCAAGUUAAAUCAUUAAAGGCCACAAGUUUAGCUACCUAUAAAUUUGUUUAUCUCAGUAAUUUGAUAAGUCUGAACCUCUCUGUCUCUGUAUAUUUAAAACAAUAGCAACAACAAAACCUUGUUCCUAACCCUUAAAUAUCUUCCAUUGGUGUAAGACUAUCUUGC